UUUCUUUUUCUUUUCGCGUUCUUCGUCAACUUCCACUACACAGAGAGCUCUGUGUUAUUUAUUAAAUUAUUACUCUUCCGAAGCAAAAACCGAACAUGCGAAUCUUCCCUUCUGAGCUUCUGAGUUGAAUCGUUCACUGAGUCUAACUACCGAGUUUGAACCUGCACAGAUCUUCCAGAAUGUUUGACGGCUUGCUCGGCCGUGGAUUCGCCGCGAAAUGUAAAUCGUUGAUCAAAUUGACGAAGAAUCGGAUCGAUGUGAUAAGGAGGAAAAGGAAAGCGACUGAAAAGUUUCUCAAGAAAGAUAUAGCUGAUCUGUUGGCGAAUGGAUUAGAUGUUAAUGCUUAUGGAAGGGCCGAAGGACUCAUUGCUGAGUUGACAUUGACAUCUUGUUAUGAUUUUGUUGAGUGGUCCUGUGAUUUUGUGUUGAAGCACCUCUCAGGACUGCAGAAACUGAGUGGAUGCCCUGAGGAAUGCAGGGAAGCUAUAGCAUCUCUGAUUGUUGCUGCUGCAAGAUUUUCUGAUCUACCAGAGUUACGCGACCUUCGGCAAAUAUUUCAAGAGAGAUACGGAAACUCCCUAGAAUGUUAUGUCAAUCAAGAGUUUGCUGCAAAUUUGAAUCCAAAAUAUUUUACCUUGGAGCAGAAGGUUUGGUUGAUGCAAGAAAUUUCUUCAGAGUUUUCAAUAAAGUGGGACUCCAAAGCUUUUGAACUGAGGAUGUCAAAAUCCUCUCCUUUUGCCCAGGGUCACAAUAAACCAUUACAAGGCAAGCAUGAGGUUUUGUUAGAGAAAAAUCCUGACUAUUCUAAUGAUAGACAGAAAUUUCGGAAUGGCAAGGAAGCUGCCUCCUCAAAAGGAGAUGAAAAUCAUCUUCACCCUAAAUCCAAACUUGCUGAAAAAGGAUUCAAGCCAAUAAGUAAGUAUGAUGACGCCAGUCUGCCGAGGGAUAGCCAUGGCAAUCCAUUACCUGGAAGAGAAGGGCUCACUUCUCCGAAAGGUGGCUACUGGAAGGAGGGUAGUAUGCUAAAACCAAUAGGAUGUUCUUCUCAGGAUAAGAGAGUACAACAAUUCGAAGAUGGUUCUGAUUUACAUGAUAGAAGGGGGAAUGCCAUCCGUGUGAGAGAAAGCCAGGAUGCUGCCACUGCUAGGAAGUCUCCAAGUCAUGCUGGAUUUCAUUCCAAGAGCAACUUGAAUGAGCCAUUUGCUGUUAAUCACGGUGGCCUACCUGAUCUUGAUAACUCUCAGAGAAAAGUUCAAAAGGAUGAAACUCCUACGGUCAAGCCCUACUACAGUAAUGCCAUCCCACCACCUUAUGUAAAACCUAAUUCUAAACUCAAGACCAGCACACACAAAACUGAAGUAGCCUCUCCACAUAUUGACAAUGAUGCCAUCCCAACAAAUUCUUCAAUCCAUCAAAAGCCUGAUGCUGCUUCUACGACAGAGAGAAUCCGAUCUGGUUUGGAUAAUUCUGAACAAGAUUUGCAGGCCACUAGAAAUGCACAACAGAGUAAACAGGGCUAUGAGAAAGAACCCCAUGUUCGGGAAGAUGCUAAAGAAUUCCCUGUUUUAAAACCAAAAUCUAUGAGGCGUAAGCACUCAAAAUCACGGUCUACACACAAUGAUGCUACUAAGGAAGAUUCUGAAGUUGCGAACAAAUCAAGGAGCAGGAGACGAGACGAAUCAAGGCGCGGCCUACAAAUUUUAUUUGAUGAUGAACAACAUAAAAAAGACGAAGAGGAAAGAGUAAUAGAUAGAUUACUGAUGCACUACAGCAAAAAGCCAUCAUCCAUUGCUGGGCCUGAGAAAGCAAGAAGAAGGUCUAGAAGUCGCCAUGCACACCAAAUGGAUGAGGCACCUGAUAAGACACCGGAGACGGUCCCACGCGCACCUCGAUCAGUUUCCCUUCCUCAUGAACAAUCACAAGAGAUGGAAGUCAAGAAAGUGUUUACUCGAGCUGCUUCGUUUCAGCCGGAUAGAUCAAAAGAAGCUCGACAUGUGCAUCCCAAUUUACCCGAGUAUGAUGAUUUAGCUGCUAGGCUUGCGUCCUUGAGAGGAACAUAAGAGAGCCAAAUAAUAUACAUGAAAGAAUACUCUUCUCUUAUCAACAGAAUUAUGUGAUCACCGUGUUUUACUAUGAUGUACCGUUAGGGUACUGAUGAACAAGAUUGCAUGGUAUGAUGUUUUGUUAAUUUGAUUACAAAUUGGUGACUAUUCCAGAGCUGUAGUAUUAUUAAUCAGCCAUGGCUAUGCCCAUGUUGGUGGUGUGCAAUUCUUUAGUCACCAUUUUUACUAAUGGCGGCAAUGUACAACAUCAAUUCAUAUUUUUUUUAAACGUUGUAUGAUUGUAAAAGUGUUCUCAACAGUAAUUGACGUUGUUUUAAUUUUC